GUAUUGCUUGACGGCAAAUAGUGCCACAAGCCCAGAAUCAACAUGGCCGAUUCAUUGAUAUGCGGCGAUACUCAAUGCAGGGUGAGUUCAGUCCUAAACAGAGAUGUGAAGCAGUUUGGAAAGAAGUUCAUGUUUGACAGCAACGAGGAGACGUGCUGGAACUCAGACCAGGGUGACUGUCAGUGGUUGAUUUUGGACUUCCCCCAGUCGGUUAGAUUGUCUGAAUUUAAAGUUCAGUUCCAGGGAGGCUUUUCAGCCAAAACAUGCAGGGUGGAAGGUUCUUCAGUAGAUAGAGACUUCACACCAAUUAGUCAUUUUUACCCAGAGGACAACAACUCUCUUCAGUGCUUUCCCAUACAGGAGUCGGCCGCCGUGAACAGAAUAAAAAUAACAUUUGAGGACAGCACUGACUUUUUCGGGAGGAUUAUUGUUUAUAUUUUGGACAUCCUCGGGGAGAAAUCCACAUGACUGAGAAGAAAUAUGCAGGACAUCAGAAGACGAAUGUGCUGCCACAGCAUAAAUGGACUGGAAUGCUUUUGUUUUUAUUUUUAUGGAAUUGACACUGCAACCGGUGCUAAUGAUUCCCUCUCAGAAAACCCAGACAAUACCGAUACUAUGUAUCGAUACCACUAGUAGUUUUGAUACAUAAAGUUUCCCCCCAAAAAGGUAUGAAUGAAGACUCAUGUCACUUCAACCAUGUCCAUCCAGUUAAUCUGUUGAAUUCCUCUCAAAUGCCCACAAAGUAUACAAUUAUCAUUCUAGCAAAGCACAGCAUAAAAAAAUACGUUUAUUUCAAGUUGUUUAUAUCCAUUCUUGCUGCUCUACAGCCAAACUAAAUAAUCUUGCUUCACAGUUGGCAAAAAAAAUAUUUUUGUUCAUUAUACUGCCUUGGAUAAAAACAAAGAAAAGGA